AAAAAGCGCCAAGUUCCAUCCAUAGAAUGCGAGUCGGUAGUCAAGUGUUUACUAAUGUAACAUCAAAUACUGUUUUGAUAGAGGAGAAGCUUGGAGGCUGUUAAUGGCUAUGUUUAUGUUAUAAUUUAACAGUGACCAGUCCAGUGUAGACAUCAGCUGUUCUGCGGUUGCGCAAUGCCAGGUCUUCAGGCUGACGCCGUGGUGGCCGCUUUGGGCAGCCCCAUCAAGAAAAGCAAACUGUCUCUGAAGUUCUUUCAGAAGAAGGACACCAAGCGAGCGCUAGAUUUCUCCGAGACACAAGCAGAAGAGCAGAAUGCACAGCCUCUGGAAACAGAAGAAACUGCGAGUCUUGACCAGGUCGUGCCAUGCCCAUGUCCAUCAUCGCCCGUUACCUGUGAGCGGAGGGAGGUCCUUGUGCCCUUUGUCGGCUUAAAUAACCUUGGCAAUACUUGCUACCUGAACAGCAUCCUGCAGGUCCUGUACUAUUGCCCUGGUUUUAAAGAGGCAAUCAAGAAGCUGUACAAGCUGUCCAAGGGCCAAAAUAAGCAGAAGAAGGUCUUGAAGGAUGAGGAGCAGCAGGAGGGCUCUGCUGUGGAGGCAGGAGAGGGGGAGCAGGAGCUGCAGGCGCCGGCACAGGUGGAGCUACUGGCCAGUUUCCACAGUCUCAUCACCUCUCUAGAGCAACUGCAGUCCAACUUCCUGGUCAGUCCCAGCAAAUACGGCGAGGGCGAGCUCGCCACUCCUCCACGCAAACUGCUCAACUCCCUCAGGCAGCUGAACCCCAUGUACGAGGGCUAUCUUCAACACGAUGCCCAGGAGGUGUUGCAGUGCAUCCUGGGAUACAUACAGGAAGCCUGCGACAUCAUCCGCAAAGAGGAGCCAGAGACCACGUCGGGGAAGGAGGAGACCAAAGAGGAGGAUGGAGAAGGAGGUGCAGGAGGGGGAGCGGACGGCCAGCUGAGCGGGAAGAGGAAGAGUGACACCGAGGCGGGGAACGCCAAGAAGAAGCCCAAGUCCCAGGGCAAGAACCAUAACACCACCAGCCAGGAGGAAGAGGAGCUGCAGCAGCCUGCAACACGAUCCAAGAGGAAGUCUUCAGGUGACAUCAGUACAGAGGGAGCUGGUGAUCAGCUUGCUAAUGGCCACCAGGAGGCAGGGCAGACGGAGGAGGAGGAAGAGAAGGUGGAGAAGGAGAAGGAAGAGGGGAGUGAAGUGGAGGAAGCAAAGCUGCCGGAGCUCCCCAAGGAAACGACAAGCAAAAGGAAGAAGCGAGCACGACUGAGUUGGUUAAAGUCGUCGUCCUCUUCCUCCUCCUCCUCAUCGACAUCCUCUGGGAAACAGCCCAGCAUCUUCUCCAAGUUUCGGAGCAUGGGCCGCCUGACCAGCCACUUGGGCGGCCGCUCUGAAACCAAAGAGGAGCAGGAGAAGGAGGAGGCCCGUAGGCCGCAAGAUCAGGACCAAACAGACGACACCGCACUCACGUUAGCGCAGACCAGCGCUCAGUGUAAGGACGGCAAACCCCAGAGCGAAGAGACCCAAAGCUUGGAUGUAUUGAAGAGCCUGUUCCAGGGGCAGCUGGUGCUCCGGACGCGCUGUCUGGAGUGCGAGUGCUUCACGGAGCGGCGGGAGGACUUCCAGGAUAUCAGUGUCCCCGUGCAGGAGGACGAGCAGACACCAAGGGACUCUGGCUCAGAGAUCUCUCCAGAGCCCAAGCCAGAGCUGAAGACCCUGAAGUGGGCCAUCUCCCAGUUUGCCUCGGUGGAGAGGAUCGUGGGGGAGGACAAAUACUUCUGCGAGACAUGCCGCCACUACACAGAGGCCGAGAGGAGCCUGCUGUUUGACAAGACCCCCAGUGUCAUCACCAUCCACCUCAAGUGCUUUGCUGCCAACUCCUCAGAGUUGGACCCGUACGCCGGGCUGUCGAAGGUGAACACGCCUCUGCAGACGCCCCUGCAGCUCUCUCUGGAGGAGUGGAGCACGGGCGCGGCGCCCCCUGGCGGACAGCAGCAGCAGCACUAUCAGCUCUUCGCCGUGGUCAUGCACAGCGGCGUCACCAUCAGCAGUGGCCAUUACACCACCUACGUCCGCAUGUCGGACCUCCAAAAGCUAAGCCUAAGUAGGGAGGAAGGGGAGGAUGAGAGCGAGGUGAUGACACAGGCUGCCAAGAAAGUGGAGACGUCGACCCAGGAGUACGACGAUGGGGAGGUGUCCUUUAGCCUGAGUGGCCGGGUUGGUGGCGGUGGCGGUGGUGUUGGUGGUUGUUGUGUCAGCUCGGCCUCCGCUGCCUCCCCCUCAGCCAAACCAGGGACCAAGAAGUCCCUGGAGGGAGUGGGCCUGCUGGGGGGCCAGAGGAGCCUGGCCACCUACGACCUCGCCGGCAGCAGCAAGCACCAGGGCGGCACUGACAAGAGCGUGUUUCCCUCCGGCUCGCAGCCGCUCGGCAGCGCAGCAGCAGCAGGGGUGAAGAAAGAGAAAGAGGCCACGGCGGUUGGGGAGCGGAGGUGCGUCGGUGCCGGUGAUCUGCAGAACCUUCUGGACUACGAGGGGAAGUGGCUGCUGUUUGACGACUCUGAGGUGCGGCUCUACGAGGAGGAGGAGUUCCUGCGCGCAUGCUCGCCCGACACGUGCAGCACCUCCACGCCAUACCUGCUCUUCUACCGCAGGGUCCCGCAGCACAAAUGAGGCACGCAGCGCACUCUUCUGCCCCCCUGUCCAGCUCUCAGUAUACCCACCCCCGCCCCGCCCCUGUACAAAGAAGCUGGGGUGGAUUUCUCGAAACCAAAGUUGCUUACUACAUUAGCUACUUUGUUGUUUUCAAUGCGUUUUCCCAUUGGCAACUAACUACAUAAGUUGCCAACAACUUCUCUUUUGAGAAAUGCACCCCUGGUUUGGUGGUAAACCAGGUGAAGUUCACCUUCUGGUAGAGGUAGAGCAUCUAAUAGAGGAACCUGGAGUCCUCAUUGUCUUACAGGUGGGGUUGCAAGUUAACCAUCCUAAGAAAAUGUACUAUUGUGACAUCACGUUGGGGGUUCCACAGGCUCAUAGGAGUCUAUGUAAAAUCUUAGAAUCCUGGGGGAGUUCCCCCAACGUGAUGUCAUACCUGCAACCCCACCCAAAUGAUGCCUGCAGAUACAUCUAUGAGCAGGUUUUUACCACUUCCUGAAGGUGAACUAAGCCUGGUUUAUAACUUGACCAUGUUCUUAGUAUCAUCCCCCCCUGGACAUGAGAUGCCCCAGCCUUGCCAGAGACUUGCAGCACCUCCAUGCCCUACCUGCUCCUCUUUCACAGGGUCCAUGAGCAGACACGGGGCACUCUUGCUAACUGCCCACCCCCCCAGCUUUCUGUAUCAGAUAUAAAAUACCCCGUCACCCACCCCUCAUUUCACGCUGUCUUAUUAGACGUGCUCUUGCUCAUCCAUAGAUAUGAACCACUAAAUGCUGUGUUCAGCCUAGAUGUUGUCAUAGAUGGUAUCGACGCCACCUACAGGACAAUGUGCAUAUUGCAUUGUCAACGACUGAUGGCAGCAAUAUCCUAACUAAAAUUUGUGGUGAUCUGACUUCAGGCAGUAGUUCCAAUACAAAGGAAUGAUGGGCACAGUAUCUAGUGUUCCUAUCUAUGUAGCUCAUCUUCUAGUCCGCUCUCCAGCUCUGUAUCAGAGUUUUUAUUUCCAUGUUCUGUCAUUUGACCUGCCCUUGACUUUUUUUUAAUUUCUUUUUUAAUCCUCAGACUUUUCCUCAUUUGGGACCGCACCUUGGCACUUAAAACAGUGCAUCUUCUGAAAACUUGCCCUUGUAUGGAAAGUGUCCGCCCCCCACAUUGUAUGACCAGAUGUAAUGACUUCUCAUGCACUGGGUCCUGUUUUUAGAUAUGUUUUGUUUUAUAAAGAGCACAAUAUAUUAUUGUAUUUUUCUUGCUAUAGCUAGCUACAUGUCUACGUUUAGAGAGAAUAUCUGUGCCCUCCAUCCUUGCUGUACUAUAAGAUGACUAGUUAAGCUUAAUGUGUAGUGAUUCUUGGUUACACUUUUCUCCUGGACCAGCUAUACUAGUUUUGGGAAACAUUUAUUUUUGAAGAACAUCACCAGUUAUCAAAAAAGAAAUCUUUGAUGGGAUACUAGGACUGGGACGAGUCCAUUCAGUUAACGUGUGUAAGCUAUUCAAAGGACAAUUCAACCGAUUUCAACAUGCAUAGUGCUCAUGCUACCCGCAGCUUGUCAGCCCUGUCUUUCAUCCUGGGGUGCAUUUCUCGACAAUGUUGUUGCUAAGUUAGGAACUUAAUUGGUUGCAAUGCAAUUUCCCGUAGGUAUUUAAGUUGCUAACUGAUUGGCAACGAUGCUUUCGAGAAACGAUAAUCUGGCCAGCUAAUGGGGGCAUGGGUUUAUUUACUACUUUUUUUUAUAUAGUAAAAUACUCAUAUCCCCACCAUGUAGUGCUGUGACCUACAACACAGCAUUAACCUGGAACGAUACUUUGAGCAUGUAAGACCUUACAAAUGCCAUGUGAACAAAGUAUGCCCCCAGUUAUUUGGCCAGGAUCUCAACAAAAAGGGUGCUGCAUCUAAGGGGAAUAGACAAGUCAAGGGUAGUGUCAGCAAUGAGAGUGGAUAUUGAAAUCGGCCCGAAUUUCCCUUUACGUUUCAGUAGGAUCCAGUCAGAAUCACAUACUGAUGGCAAGGAUAAAAAUGUACCUCAUUCCAACAAUUCCCCCCCCCCCCCCUUUUUUUUUAACAUGCCAGGUCCUCAAUAUAAGCAUUCUGAAAUAUUUGACCAACCACCAUCAGUUCUGGUGGAAGUUCACCAAAGCAAAAGUCUGGAAUCUAACUUUUCUAAAGAAAAUGCUUUGCUAAGGUUGUUUUACAGGAUCUUUGUCCAUUCAUCCUGUGUGAUUUCCAUCUCUUUGUGGAAGCUCUUGUACACCCUAUUAAAACACCAGCAAUAUCCUCA